AAAUACUUUUUUAUAACGUGUCCAUUAAUAAAACAAAAGUUCCAUUGGUCUUCUAUCAGUUUUAUUAGCAAGUUAUUGGUUAAGUUUUAUUCACAGUCACUUUCUAGCAAUAACGACAUUCCUUUGUAUGAGAAACUGAACACGAAUUGAAUUAUUCCCAGCACUUUUUGCGGUUCUAUUCUUAUUACAUUAUUGCAUUAUUGCAAUAGUGGAAUAUUUUCUUCGAAAAAUAAAACUAUAGUAACUAUAUUUUCCGACUAUCAAGAAGAUUCUUCAAAAUUUAAGUUUAAUGUAACGACAUACGUACGUUUGUAUCGUUAUAAAAUAUGAUUAUUUUAAAAGAAAAAUGUUUAAAGUAAGCGCCAGUUGAAUCGGAUUAAAUCAAUGUAUAUCAUGUUAAAAUAGAAUUGGUUUUGUUCUCAAAUGUAUCGAUUAUAUUUCUAAAUCAUGCAAAAAAGAACGAGUAAAAAGUUGUUUUGUGAGCACGCAACCUUUUCGAAAAAAAGCGUAACAAUUAAUGGGGAAUGAGAGAAGUGCCCCUAGAGGGCUAGAAAUUGACGAGAAAUCUGUGGAAAUAACAGACUUUUGGGUGCAUUAUACAGCUCAUAUGAACGAUUAUAAUACUGACAAAGUUUCUGUAUUUAUCAGUGAACCAUCGUUACACUAUAAUGCCAGUUUCGGAAAUCCGUCUCCUUUAGAGAAAGCAGCAAAGAAUUUAAUGUUAUAUAGGCACCCUUGUAUAUUGAAAUAUAUUUCUUCCUGGUUUAAAGGUAGUAAAUUUUUUUUAACUACCGAACAAGUUAAACCAUUAAUACAAUCGAUAGAAGCACAGAGUACGUUACAAAUAUGCAUGGGUUUAUAUAGUAUUUUACGUGCCUUAGUCUUUCUUCACGAAAAAGCAUUUAUUUCCCAUAAUAAUAUUUGUGGAACUUCUGUUUACGUUACACCUGAAGGAUGUUGGAAACUUGGCGGAUUAGAAUGUUUGUGUAAAUGUAAAGAAUUAACUUCUUCUUAUUUGAAAAAAAUAAGAAAUUAUAGGUAUGAAAGAGGAAUAUCUCCUAACGAAGAUAUAACAGUUCUACCUAUAAAUUUUACAGCAAUCGAUGCGUACGCAUUUGGAGUUUUAGCAGAAGACAUACUAAAAUUAAAGGAUUCAGAAGAUAUUCCAGGACUCUUAGAGUUUAAACAAUUUUGUAAAGAGAAUUUGCAAAAUUCAGAUCCUGAAUUAAGAAGCAAGUUAUCAAAUUUACUUCUACACCCAUUUUUUACUCAUGAUUUUAUGAGAAUAUAUGCAUUUUUGGAAGAAUUACCCUUAAAGUGUAAUCAAGAAAAAGAAAUGUUUUUUGGAACAUUAAUAACGCAAUUGAGAACAUUUCCUGAAAAUAUUGUUGCAGAACAAUUAGGACGAUUAUUACUUUCAAGGAUAGUUUUAUUAGAUGUGACGGCACAAGAAAAACUUUUACCUUUUAUCUUGAAACCAAGAGAUAGGAAAGAUGCAACAGAUAAUAAUUUAUUCACAGUUUCAACGUUUAAAGUUCAUUUGGUACCCAAAUUGUUACAGAUGUUUUGUAUACGAGAUCUAUCGAUUCGUUUAGUACUUUUAUCGCAUUUCAAUUCAUUCGUGCAUGCAUUUCAAGUAGAUGAACUAAAAUCUCAAGUACUUCCUGAAUUACUUGUUGGAAUCAAAGAUACUAAUGACCAUUUAGUAUCUGCAACAUUAAAAGCGUUAGCUUAUAUAGUUCCAAUUCUUGGUGCAACCACUGUAAUCGGUGGAAAGAGAGGGAAACUGUUUACUGAUGGCCGACCGCAUAAACUAAACGAAAAAGAAACAAAUAACAGUAGUACAGAUAUAAACGAAUUUAUGGAUUCGGUGAAUGCGAUAGAGAAAUCGGUUAAUUUACCUGAAAGACCUUCACCGGACGGAGGAGAAGAUAAAAAAGAGGUUAUUUCGUCUAUUACCGAAGAAGAAUAUACAUGGUCUGACUGGGAUUUGCAAGAAAAUGCCGCUAGUGACCCGCAUCUUCUUAUUUCACGAUUUUCCGAAACAAUUUGUCAAUCUAAUGGGGUUUUAGUCUCACAUUCAACAUCAGAGGUUGAGGAUUCAUUAUUAAAUACGAAUACAACCGAAAUGAUAGAAUCAAAAGCUACAAAGCAGAAAUUAGAUGUUUUAUCGGAUAUUUCAGAACUUGAUAUCAAGAAUUCGAAAUUGUCAAAUUGUUCCAAGGAUGAAUAUGAUUAUUUCACAGACAUGGAGCCGGUAAUAAAAAAAACGCAAGUCCUACACGUACUAGAACCACAGAUAUUGUCAAAAAGUGUAUUUGACAUGAAAGCGUCAAACGAAGUCGAAACGACAGAUGGGAGUAAUGGAUGGGAUGAAGAUUUAAGUGACUGGGGAACAGAAGAUGGUGAAGAAAUAAAAAGUUGAAAACUUUCUGCUCUAUGUUCAAAGGAUAAACUGGUUAAUUCUGCUUAUUUAAGUUAUCGGUGUGAAAUAAAGAAAGUAUUUGUUUCUUUGUUUCAUCAUUUUGAUAAAUUGUGUGAUAUUUUUGUUAAAAAAUACCAAUUAUGAAAAGUAUCAAUAUCAGAAGAAUACAUGAAUUACGUGUACAGUAAA